AUGAGGAAGUGGCUGCGGCUUCACUGCUGGUGCCCGUGGCUGCUGUUACUUCACUGCAACUUUCAGGUGUGUGGAGCCCACGCCAGAUUGCAGGACCAUCCAGGGUUUGAGGUGUUGGCUUCGGCUUCCCAUUACUGGCCACUGGAGAACGUGGACGGGAUCCAGGAACUUCAGGAUACAACCGGAGCGUUACGAACCCACAACCUCACUGUGCUUCCUUCCCAUAAUUCUACCUUUGUAUAUACCAAUGACUCUGCCUACUCAAAUUUCUCUGCAACCGUAGAUAUUGUAGAAGGGAGGGUCAACAAAGGCAUUUACCUCAAGGAGGAUAAAGGGGUCACCCUUCUCUACUACAGCAGCUAUAAGACCUCCUGCAUAAGUAACCCAGCGCGCUGCGGCCCUGAAGGGGUCACAUUUUCUUUUUUCUGGAAGACACAAGGAGAGCAGUCCAGACCCAUCCCUUCUGCCUAUGGCGGACAGGUCAUCUCCGAUGGGUUCAAGGUCUGCUCCAGCGGCGGCAAAGGCUCGGUGGAGCUCUACACACGGGACAACUCGAAGACGUGGGAGGCCACCUUUAGCCCACCAGGUCCCUACUGGACUCACGUCCUAUUUACAUGGAAGUCCAAGGAAGGCCUGAAAGUCUACGUCAAUGGGACCCUGAGCACCUCUGACCCAAGUGGAAAAGUGUCUCAUGCCUACGGGGACUCUGAUGUCAACCUGGUGAUAGGGUCUCAGCAGGACCAGACCAAGCGCUAUGAGAAUGGGGCUUUCGAUGAGUUCAUCAUUUGGGAGCGGGCCCUGACCCCAGACGAGAUCGCCAUGUACUUCACAGCUGCCGUUGGAAAGCAUGUGUUGUUGUUGUCGACGCUGCCAAGCCUCAUUGUGACACCCACAGCAAACACCGCGGUGCCCACAGACGCCUACCAUCCCAUCAUAACCAACCUGACAGAAGAGAGAAAAAACUUCCAAAGCCCCGGAAUUGUGCUGAAUUACCUUCAAAACAUGUCCCUCAACUUACCCAAUAAGGCCCUCUCGGAGGAAACAGCCCUGAACCUCACCAAGACUUUCUUAAAAGCCGCAGGAGAGGUUCUUCUACUGCCCAGUUGGAACGAUGUGUCAGAGGAUGGCAGCAUGGUGCUGGGCUUGGUCAAUACCAUCGAUACCGUCAUGGGCCACAUAGCUUCCAACCUGCAGGCCAGCGAGCCCCAAGUCAUCAUUGAGGGAUCUUCCUCCAUGGCAGAGUUCACUGUGGCCAAAGUCCUGCUUAAGGCCAUGAACUUCUCCCACUACCGCUUCCCAGCUCGCGGGCAGAGCUACAUAGAGAUUCCCCAGGAGGCCUUCUGUGGCCAAGGCUGGGCCACCAUCGUGGGGCUCCUGUACCACACUGUGCACCAUUACCUGAGCAACAUUCCGCCAGCCAGCACGCGGAUCGCAGAGGCAGCGAGCUACAAAGGUUGUUUGCUGUCUGCCGCCAGCGCCCUCAUCUCCCUGGAGGUUUCCCCACCACCAACACUGUCCCAGAACCUGUCCGGGUCUCCUCUCGUCACCAUCCACCUCAGGCACAAGCUGACUCGUAAGCAGUACAGUGAGGCCACCAAUGGGAGCAACCAUGUCUUCCUAUAUUGCGCCUUCCUGGACUUCAGCUCCGGAGAAGGCAUCUGGUCGAACCAGGGUUGUGUGCGCAUAGAGGGAAACCUUACCUACUCCACCUGCCGCUGUACUCACCUCACCAAUUUCGCCAUCCUCAUGCAGGUGGUCCCACUGGAGCUUGCGCGUGGACACCAGGUGGCGCUGUCGUCCAUCAGCUACAUCGGCUGCUCCGUGUCGGUGCUCUGCCUGGCUGCCACGCUGGCCACCUUCGCCGUGCUGUCCUCUGUCAGCACCAUCAGGAACCAGCGCUACCACAUCCACGCCAACCUGUCCUUUGCGGUGCUGGUGGCCCAGGUCCUGCUGCUCAUCAGCUUCCACCUCGAGCCAGGCUCAGCCCCCUGCCGGGUGAUGGCCAUACUUCUGCACUACUUCUUCCUGAGCUCCUUUGCGUGGAUGCUGGCGGAAGGGCUGCACCUCUACAGCAUGGUGAUCAAGGUCUUUGGGUCAGAGGACAGCAAACACCGCUACUACUAUGCGAUGGGAUGGGGCCUCCCUCUUCUGAUCUGCAUCAUUUCAGUGUCGUCUGCCAUCGACAGUUAUGGGACCAGUGACAACUGCUGGCUGUCGCUGCAGAGUGGCGCCAUCUGGGCCUUCGUUGCCCCUGCCCUGUUGGUCAUUGUGGUCAACAUUGGCAUCCUUGUUGCUGUGACCAGGGUCAUUUCACAGAUCAGCGCUGACAACUAUAAGAUACACGGAGACCCCAGUGCCUUCAAGUUGACAGCCAAAGCGGUGGCUGUGCUGCUGCCCAUCCUAGGAACCUCGUGGGUAUUUGGUGUCCUUGCUGUCAAUGACCGGGCCAUAGUCUUCCAGUACAUGUUUGCCAUACUCAACUCCUUGCAGGGACUUUUCAUCUUCCUCUUUCAUUGUCUCCUCAAUUCAGAGGUGAGAGCUGCCUUCAAGCACAAAACCAAGGUCUGGUCCCUCACGAGCAGCUCCACCCGCAACAUCAACGUGAAGCCCUUCCACUCGGACACUAUGAAUGGGACCCGGCCAGGCACAGCCUCCACCAAGCUCAGCCCUUGGGACAAGAGCAGCCAUUCUGCCCACCGCGUGGACCUGUCUGCCGUGUGAACUGAGAGGCUGCUCACCAGCCAGGCCUGCUGCUCAAAACAACCCCUUUCCCCAAGUAGAACAAAG